CUGCUGACACGAAGCUACGAUCCCUGGGGGGCAUCAUAACAACACAACAAGUACGGAUAGAUAGUCCCACUAGAAGUGCAUCGCAUCGCAUCGCAUCGCAUGAUACUAUCCACGUACGUUCUUCUUAUCAUUCGGCAUCACUGCGAAUAGUCCUCUUCGCACGCAUUGUUCUCUUGUUUGUUUCGCUUUAUCGUUGCACGAGAACGAAACCGAACCGAGUUCCCCGAGAUGAGCAAAAACAUGACGGCAUUCCAAAGACCGCUGCGUUCUAUUAUUGCUGCACUAUCGUUCUUCGUCGUUGGAACACCCACAAUCGUUGGCUUUUCGCUCCCUCGAAACAGCAACGKGGCAGCACAUAUCAACCAYCGGAGCAACGGGCUGUUCCUUUCGGGAUGGCUUGGCACACCGCCCCAAGUAGCAAUCUUUCGCCGCCGCCGCCAAAGAAAUGCGCCUGUAGAGGGUUCGUGUUGCCUAAACUUGUCGGASGAUUAUGUUGGAGAUGGCGAUGAUCCCAGGGACGACUCGCAAUUUUUUGACGAUUUUGACUUUGUCGUCGGGGAAAAUGCCUCGAGCGACAACCAGGCAGAUGCCUACGGCGUGUUCACGGAGGGAAGCGGAGACACAUCGUCGGUGUUACAAGAUCGRUUCGAACAACUGGAGACGAUGGAACAAGCACAGAAGGAUCAAAUCCGUGACAACUGGAAAGAGGGAUAUUGGGGUGUUUGGGGCUGUUCCCUAGAUCCUUACGAUUUUCAUACCAGUACGAGUAGUGGGGAGGAGCAGACSAGACAGCCCACACCCAAGAAAAUAGUCAUCACCUCCAUACGACAGAUGAACGAUUGGAAUGAGAAUUKGGAUAGCGACAGCGACGACSUCAUUCUACUAGUAGUGGGGCGAUCCGAUGGAAGCAUCUGUUGGCUACAAAUGGAAACCCUUUCGUCCCCAUCCACGUCCGCAUCCACCGACAAUGAUGCAACGCGCAGUGUGGAAAAUCGCUCGAUCUAUACGUCGUUCGAAAACAAACUGGUCGUAAGCAAGGCAACUAGCGAUGGCGGAAUGGUGGUGGGGACAGCGUUGCAACAAAGCAGCGACGAUGAAACGUUUGGCGACGACAACACCGCCGAUUCGAAUGCCAAUGGACACACCAACAGCCCGUUUGAGAUCUUGGCACAGAUUCAAACGGCCACGGUCGAAACCAAAACUACAUCAACGACGAGCGAUGCGGCGGCCAUCGUGGACAUGCUUUCUCUCCCAAACGCAAGAAUGUUGUGGACCAUUGCCAAGGGGACACCCAAUCACAUACAAGGAUGGAACCUGGCCCCUUCUGGGGACGACGACGAACCAGGUGUUUUGUUGCCACAAGAAUCCUUGCUCCAAGCAGACAUCGACCGCGUCCAUGAUUCGCCGAUCGUGGGGAUGAAGGUCGUUCCGAACACAACAGGCGACACGAACCGUGGUCGCAACACCGAAUGGAUCGCAUCGGUAGCUGUGAGUGGCCAGGUCUUCCUCUGGGAAASCACCCGGGGAGCUGCUCGGGUGCGUCUGGACGCCAAUCUCCUUCAUGGAACGCAAGGGGAAGAAGAAAWCAACAGCGGGAACCCGGUUUUGUCGCCGUYGUCAUCGUCCAUGGUCUCGUCCAUGGACGUGGACGAUCAAUACUUGUAUCUAGGGACCAAUGACGGCAGGAUUGUUAUUUUUGGCUUGGAAGACUUCCUUCAGAAAUCCCACGAUWACACCGAAGAAACAGCAAGUCCGCCAGCAGCCGCAUCCCUGCCACUUUUACAGAGCUUUGUCGGCUUUGCCAACGGUGACCCRGGGGUCUCGUCAUUGCUAGCUGCUGGAUCGGGAACCCUUGGUGGUGUCAACAAKAGCAACAGCAAUWAUAGYAGUAUGAGGCCCCCCACCAAAUCGUUGAUUGCGGGGAGURUAAUGGGUGAACUAAAACAAUGGGASCUGAUCCCAGCCGGAACUGGUCGGUUGGAAUAUUGGCCACGCAUGACGUCCCAGAAGCUGCCGGGAGGAAAACCUCAUGUGUACGAAACCCCCAGAGCUGGUUCCUCCGCAAACAACGACGGGGACGAAACCGCGUCUCCCGCGAUUCGAGGACUCCUAUGCAUCCAGCAAGUUCUGUUGGCUGCGACCGAUCACGAUCUGACCGUUUGGGAUUCUAUGACGGGCAAGGCGCUCUACGACAUGCGGGGACUGGAGUUUGGUCCGGUUCGCGAUGACAACGAAAMAGUGGUUGCAUUGCCGCGCCCUAAUCUCGUUGCUGCAAAGGAUUCCAUUUUGGUGACCAAUGGCAUGGAACAGCUGGUCUGCGUUCACGAUUUUGCCAUGGAUCGAGUCACGUUUGGRACCUCGGAAGAGAACGGCGACGAGGAUACRAACGAUUACUUGGAACAACUCUAAUGACCUGGYGAUCCUUUCCAAGAUUCCAAUGAUCUUGAACCAACGGAAGAAAAAUCAAUCAUGGUUUUAGAGCGAGAAGCGAGUGAAAGUAUCCAACGAAAGAUGCUUCAAAAAGAUAAUAAUACGGUGGCAAUUGAUGCAUUCGAGGAGAUGAGCGAAACAAAAGAUGCAACGAYUAAAAACAAUGCAUUCACACAGACGCAAUUCCAAUCGAACUAUAGCCACGUAGUGCUUCAAUCCUAUUUGAAUCAUGRUCUUCCUUUUUUAAAAAGGUAAUCACACGAGUGUUGGAUGUUGAGCAUCGUGYACUUUGCCUGUUUUUUAAAAUCCUUGAUG